UUCGUACGGUGUGCACGCGAAUUGGAACUUUCCUUUUGGCUCCAGAGGACACAUCCCGAUUCGCUCUAAAGGAUUUGAGUGUGGGCGACUGUGAGGAGAGAGAGAGAGAGUGAGUCUCGUCUUGCGUGAGGACGCGCGCGAUUUUCCCGACUAUCGUGGCUAGGUGUCGUCGUGUCGAUUGGCCAUUGUGUGUGGAUUGGAUGCUGUGAGUGACAAAAAUCGGAAAUGGGUGGCGGAAUUCGCGCGGGCGGUUUUUCUUUCGCAUUUCAUUGAGCUGUCGAUGCUUUCUGUGGUUUUGCGAAAACGGGAAAAUAGAUAUCGGUUUGCGUAUGGUUUUUACCCGCUAGAUUAACCAUUAUCUAAACAGUGAGACAGGCGGUUGAUGGGAUUGUGGAGUACUGGGUACACGUGCUCUGUCGUACAAUCGGAAUUCAAACCAAAUGUGGAAUAAUUUGCGCGUACUCUAAAAAUAAAUUGGAAACCGCGAAUAACGCGCGGAAGAAAACGAAUUUAGCGUGCGUGCUUAGAGGGAGCUGAAGAGUUGGGCCAAGUGUGCGAGUUGAGCGUUCUAUGCGGUGACACAUCUACGGUUCAACGAUUUUUGCCGUUUGAGGGCUUUGAAGGUGUGUUUUCUUAGUGCAGUUUGCGGUGGGGUUUAUGGUGCGAUUUAGGAUGAAUAUCGUUGUAUGUUUAGGCUGGUUUAAACCUACGGAAUAACAAUAACACUUUGGAUACACAUAUACUUAGGCGCCACCCAGAGCGUAGAGCGUCGGUGAAAAGCAGCAGAAAUGUCACCCAUCCGACCGAUAAAGGCAGCAUAAUUGAAUGACGAAAAUUGGAUUACAUUACCGUUGGAGAAGGAUCAUCAAACCAACAGGAUCUAAAAGGUUCCACUUUUGGGCAUUGUGUUGGGUUUCCAUUUUUUCCUCGGCAUCUGUCGGUUUUUGUCAAGUCUGAAGAGCCGGAAUCGUAAUACACUCAGUGUUUGAUGCUAUGAAAUAUGGUUGAAGCUUGAUUACAACAGUGCCACAGUGUAUCCCAGCAGUAUUAUUGUUGCUGUAUUUACCGGUCCUAUGCUGAUGUUGAAUAUAUAAUCUGAAAGCUCUCGUUUAACGCGGUCGGUGUAUAAUUAAAGUGAUCUCAACAGCAUAUGCGGCAAGUUUUACGACGUCGGGAAACCGUUGUCAACAGUUGGUGCUUUUCUCCAGUGGAAGAGAAAGUAUGUAUCCUGUGAAAAAUGGGUAAAAUUUGGGAAAUUUAAUGAAAAAAGUGACAAAAGAAACCUCCACAUUACUACUACCAGCAGUUUUACCUCGUACCGGAUGCUUAGCGUUUACUGUUCUUCUUGAGAGCAUUGAGGGUGUGAUGAUGGUCGCUAAAUGUAAUUAAAGAAGCACUUUUUACUCAGUUCCGGUGAUAUCUGUUUCUGGAGAAGAAGAAAAAAAAAUCACGAAGCAAAAGUGUGACGGCGGAAGUUCAAAGAGUAACGUUAAAUAAAUUAGUUUUCUUUGCUUCGAGUGUUGCAAAAAUGAUUCCAGCGUCGAUGUCGGAGAUGAUGGGAUCCCAUUUUCUACGAAAAGUGAAAGAAUGCUCCGGUUGGUAACUCAGUCUGGGUCUGGGUCCUGAUCCCUGGGACGGCGAACGGCGAAUGAACGGAAGUACAGGAGCUAAGGUGUUUACUCUGGCGGAAAUGUCGCUCGGUUUCGGGUUUUAUGAAUUCAUCCCCCUAACGAGCGGCUUGCAAUAAUGAUAGAGUCAUAUUAUUUUUUACGAUCCGAAACCGACGUCUCCAUCAGGAAUAAAAAUCUUUCGGUGUCGUGGGCAGAAAGUCCUUUAAUGCGGGAGGGAUGCACCCCAAUGCCCUCAUCUGUCUCUUCGUUUUUAAUUUAAUCAUAAUAAAGUGAGUGGCAAUGUGUUUUUAACGGUGCGUUAAAAAGUGAGAUAAUUAAUCAUUAUAAAAUACAACCACAAAAGCGUGCGUGUUCGCGAAAAAAAAAACGUCGUGGGUCACGAGAGGGCAAAUCCACAAAAAAAAGUUUCCCAUCCAUACUCGCUGCCGAAUCAACAAUAAAAUGAUAAACUCCGCCGAUGUGAAAAUUUGCAGAAACACGUUAAAUUAAUUUGCUCGACGCUGUCACUUCCAUGCAAAGCCGAAGCCCAAUCGCUAAAAGUCAUAAAAGUACCAAUUGCGAAAUAUGUUUGCUCAAUCCACGUAGAAUUCGGUGAAUCGCACCGAGGGAAAGGUCGAAAAUACCGAAUUAAACAAAUGUAAAACAGAACCCGCGGGCCUCAGCCAACGCAAAACGAGAAUAAAAAAAAAUCCGUAUCUUUUUAAUGAGCCCAACCACGAGGCGGCAGCAAAGAAGAAACGCAGCGGCAAGGAAAGUGGAGUUUGCAGUAAUGGAAUUAAUACAAAUCAAAUUGAUUCAGCAUCAUUUGUUUUAUUGGAUAAUGAUAUUCCUGUUGCUGACGUCGUCGCCUAGGAUGCUGCAGGCGGAUCCGGAAGCGCCCAUUUUCAGAGUGGAUCCAUUGGCACUCCUGGCGGGAACUCUGCGAACAUAUCAACGGGCCGGGUGUGAGCGGGAGCUGGUCACAUUGGGCUGUCCCCGGGGGACGAGCAUAUCGAUUGAGGUGGCCCAGUACGGCCAAAGUGGAGAUGCAAAUGAGCAAAAUUUGUGUCCGGCCAGCACCGAAGAUAGCCUCGAAAUCAAUCUGCCCGGGACUGAGAUAGAGAUAAAAGCACCGGAAAGCUGUACCUGGCCCAACGCAUUACAGUACUCCCUGCUGCAGACGGUUGUGGAAGCGUGCCAAAAGAAGCGACACUGUAAAUUCCUAGCUUCACCAAAAACCUUCGGAGGCGAUCCUUGCCCAGGUCAUCGGAAGUUCGUGGAAGUAGCUUAUAAGUGCAGACCAUAUGAAUUUCGUAGCAAAAUCGCGUGCGAAAACGAUGUUAUACAAUUAAGUUGCAAUCCUUAUUCGCGAAUAGCUGUAUAUAGUGCCAGUUACGGGAGGACGGAAUACGAGAGCCUACAGUGCGCCCAACCUCAAGGAGUGAAGGAAGAGACUUGUCUUGCAUCUUACGCCACAGAAACGGUGAUGCAAAAAUGCCACGGCAGGCGAAAAUGCACACUGUCAGCAGAUAGCACAACUUUCGGCAAACCUUGUCACCCCGAUUCGAGGAUGUAUUUAAAAGUUGUUUACACAUGUGUGCCUCGUAAGGUGCUGAAAGACCGCUUCGAAGCGGCACCGGAGCCAGAUGAGCCCCUGCAAAGCGAUUUGGAACUGGAUCAGAACGACCUGUACGACGAGGACCAGUUUUUCCGAGAAUCGGACGCUAUCCCACCUGGUCCGGCACCGAAACUCCAGGGUAGUCCGGCGAACAAUCGAGUGUCAGACAUUCCAAUCUAUGUUGCUGCCAGCAGUACCCCACCGGCACCUCCUCGCUCCAUUCAGGACGUUUUGGAGGAUAACGAGUUCUCCUUCGAAGAGCACCAGGAAAAGUUCUACAUCUAUCUGAUUGUAGCCGUGGCCGUGGCAAUCCUGCUCUGCCUGUCAAUAGUAAUUGGACGCGUGGCAUUCCGGAAACGUGGGACAACGAAAGAGGACGAUAAAUUCCAGACAUCAAACACAGGUGAAACGACACUCCCGAACGGUUUCACAGACGAUAUAUCGGAAAUAGAUGCGGAUAUCGAUUUGCAAACUCCACUUCCAGUGCCGAGCGUCUCUCGGAGCGAUAGCUACGGACCAUACACGCCCUCGCCGGGACCGUACGGGAAUCUGGGACCAUCUAAUAUAUCACAUACCUCAACCACGAUGCUGGUGCCGCCUUGUUCGAUGGGAACGAUGAUGGGAUCCGGUCCGCCCACCGGAUAUCUGAGCGGUCCAAUUAAUAUCAUUCCCUCGCAACUCAGCCAGAGCAUAGGAAGCAUCCGGACGCCCAUCGCCGCGAUGAGCACCCUGCCGAGGCCCCAUCAUCAGGGAGGCCCUCCACCGGCAUUUCUCGGCGGCGUUGGCUCGGUGAUAGGCCAAUCCCAGACACUCCGGCGGCCAUCGAGCGAUCUCGACGGAAACACCCCCCGGAGCCUCAGCAGGGGGGCGGCCAACACCCAGUUCUACUACGGAUGACAUUCGGUGUCCGGCCAGCCGUCGUCCGUCCCACUUCAGCAGCCCCAGUCCAUACUGAAAAACAAGGAACCGACCAUCCGGGAAGCCGAGGACACCAUCGUGAUGUGUCCACCGAAUCGAACGUACUGCUUCUAGAACUGCAACAUCAUCCUGCUGCGAAAGCAAACCGCCAAUUUGCUAAACUACCAAAGUGAUAAAGAUCUAGUAUAUUUGUAAAUUAUUCUCUAGAACAAAAAAAAAGGUAAAUCGAACAACUCCCAGUGUGCACGAUAAGAAUUGAAUGUCGAAAUCAACGGUUGAAUAAGGUUGUAAUAAAGCUGAUUGGAUUCUAUUGAAUGUACCAAAUUUGUGAAAAAAAAAUCCUUCGCUUACGGGAUGAGAUAAGAUCUUCAACGAUUGGUAUGCCCUCUUGUACGUUGCAAACAUUAACGUAAAUUGAAGUGUUUGGUGCGAAAAUUCAAACGAAACAAAGUGAUACAGAUUAUUGUUUUGAUUCUUUCUUGAUUUUAAAAAUGUCAUCUAUGGUAUGGAUGAGUUCUGAUUUAUGACUUUUAAGUUUUAAUCACUCUUUUCUUUUUAUCAGCGGCUUCAGAUCUAAGAGGGUAAAUGUUUACGGAAUCACAUCCACAUUAAUCUCACUGCCUAAAUACAGGCGUUAAACGUUAGCUAUUCUUAAUGAGACUUCUGGCAUAAUUACAAAGUAGAAAUGCAUAACGGUGCUUACAUAAUUAAAUUUCUGAAAGCAAUACAUUUUUCUGUUAGAGUUUUUUUUUCGGAUGCUAAACUUACGUUACAACGACAACUGUUUUGAACAGUUGUCAAAUAAUUUAAAAAGUGAGAGAUCUAAACACAUUUAAUUUGUUCUAAGCAUUUGAGCUUUUUUCAUCCCGUAAGUCGAUCGAACACCACCUUAGGUAAGUAAUCAAGCUGUCACUUUUGAUCUGUUUAGGCAAAAAUAAAGAAACUCAGGCAGAGGAUGAGUAACAGUUUGUCCGGCGGCAGUUAUUAUCUUUAGCAAACAAACAAAAACAGUGAACAGAUUCAAAUUACACGGUCACAUCAUCAAUUCGAACGAAUUCUACCAUUGAAACCCAUGUGUUAUUAUUGUUCAAUCAUUUUUAAAGUUUAAAACAUUGGUAAUCAGGGUAUUCAUAAGAUACGGUUGUUAUGGAAUUCAAAUAACAAGAGAACAAAUUGUCAUUUGAAGGAACGCUGAACCGAACUCAGCGAGGAAUGAUCUCGGGCGGUUGGUCAGAAAUUUAUGAUUGAAAAUAAUCAUCCUUUUAGCAUCACCAUCAAAUUGUGAAUCUUAAAUGAUGUCUGAACGGCAAAAGACAUUGAAAAAAAAACGGCAAAGCAAUUCGAUACUCUCAUAUGAAAGUCUCCCUCAAUUGUUGUAGUUAUGAAAAAUGAAAUUUUUCAAAGAGUUUUUUUAAAUUUAGGGUAUGCAAUCUGAAGUAUUUGAAUCUAAGUACAAGUACUUUUUUUAUUCAUUUUUCCGAAAUUUCGUAUUUGGAGCAAACUGUUCUACUGGGUUUUUUUUAAUAUCAUUUUCGGAUUCAGCGCAGAUAUCACAUUAAAAAUAUGCGUCGGUCAAAAAAGUUCAAGUUUUUUCUUAACUAGUGUAGUUUUUCCAACAAUAUGUAUCGAUGAAUUGCUUCAUCCAUUUUACUACUAUUGAUUCAUUCAUCAUUUGACUGAUUACACUAGUUUACAAAAUAAAAAAAAACUAAAACUUUAUCGACCUUCCUUUAUUUUCAAUGUAAAAUUAGGCGCUGAAUCCGAAAAUAAAAUUUCAAACAAUUUCAAUAUAACAAUAUUUGAGUUAUGCUUCAAAUAUGAAAUUUUGGAAAAUGGAAAAAGUACAAGAUUCAAAUAUCUCGGAUUGAGUAGCAUUAAUUAGAAAUCCCAUUUUGCAUAUUAAAGGUAAAUAAAUUAGUUAUUUAUCAUCUUAACUUUGUUUUUCGGAACCACAGUGUAUAAUAGAAUAACUAAUCUUAGUAAAACAAUUCUAACUUGGAGCGGGUGAAAUUUAUCAUGUCAAAUUCAUCUUAUACUUAUUAUAUUAGUAGCUCUAUUCUACACUAUGGUACGUUAAAUUAUUCAAAAUUGCAAACAUUCCUGGUAUAGUAAAAUAACCAUCACUUCUACCAUUUUUAACAGAUUUUGAUAAAAAUAAACCACUUGAAUUCAUUUUUUUAACUUUCCAAAGCUAUUUGCAAAAUAUUCGUUUUCGGGAAAUUGGACUUGUUGUUAACCACUUAUUCCCGUGGCCGCAAAUGAAUACCGAUUUUGAUGAUAUUAAAUUUUUUGUGUAUAUAGUUUUUUCUAGUUUCUAAAAAUUACAAGAGGAAGUGAAUUUGUUUAACCAGGUUGUCUGUAGUUGGUUCCGAAUGAAAAAAAAAAUCCCAAAAAACAAUUUUAUUUCAAAAUUGCUUAUAAUUUCCGGCAGCUUUGCUAUAUAUCAUUUCUCAAUUAACUGAUUUUCUAAACUCCAACUUUUGUUUUUUCUUGUCAGUUUGAUUAUCAUUUUUAUAGAACAUACUUGAUUUCUAAAAAAUCUCAGUUCUUCAGUAUUUUGGAAUGAUGAAAGGAGUGUAUUCGAAAAAAAGUAACACUUUGCUGUGCAUGGAUGUGAAGUUGUGAAAUUUUCAGCGAAGUUGCCUAGUAAUGGAAUGUUUACAUUUGCAAAUUUAUGUGAUGUUCUGCCAAGUUGUUUUAAAGAUAGCGUUCAAUCGUCCAAGCGUCCAAAUCAAGACUAUUUUGUAUUCAGUUUACUGUUUCCUGAAGCUUGAUCUUCAAAAUAACUCAAAAUUUUGAGUUUGAUCGAAGUUAUGACAAAUUUAUCCGAUUGUCCUCCUUUGGCACAAAAACAACAUAUUUUACUAUUUAUCACUCCACCACCGUUUUAGCGUAAUGGCACGAUUCCACGAUGAAACUUAUUGAAGUAGUUUGCAGAGAAAACGGUCGCAUUUGGAGGCAGUUUUCUUUGUAUUUUAGCCAUUUUUGUGUCCAUCGCUAUGAACGUUUGAGUUAUUUGCAGUUUCCACAGGUCGUUAGCCUUCUCAAGUAUUAGACAUUGAAUUUUUCAAUUGUUUUCUCCUUUUUUAUCUCCGAGAAAUACAGGUGAGACUUGUCAACGAAAAGUUUAUGGUUGGCAACCUGCCAGGUGACCGCAAAUGAGUUCGUUUUGCGGUCCAUUACAAGAUUUUUCUAUAUAUCUCCCCACAAGAUGUCCAAAUAUUUUGCGCACGAUUUGACCACCGUAUUUUGUUUAUUCCACUGAUUGGCAGUUUUUCAAUCUUGUAGAAAUGAAGUCAGGCCUAUUUAUAAGUCAGCUAGACGAACCAGUCAGACAAAUUUGACUUUUUUUUAUCACUUCCUCUAUUCGUAUUUUCGGAUUAAGCUUGAAAAAAACUCUUACAUUCCUCUCACUUCAUGGAAUCCAUAAUCUUCACUUUUAUUCAAAUUUUAGCUCAAUGUUGGGUUUUUAGGAGUUCUUAAACGAUUAACCAUGUGAAUUUUUUUCGAAUAGAUGAUUUCCAGCUGAUUUUGGGCCUCUCACUGAGACUUUUCUGGUUUUUCCUCGAUCCUGCCCAUAAAAUGCUGUCAAUGAAUUUCAGCAUGGGACGCUAUCUCAAAAACCACUUGACAGAUUGUCACAAAAUUUUGUACACUUAGAUACACAUUACAUUACUAGGCAGCUUCACUGAAAAUUUCAUCAAUUUCCAUUCAUGCAUUCAAAAGUUUUUCACAAAAUAAAGUGAACAAAAUAUUUUUAACUGUAUCAUCAAUACUGAUAACCAAACCCAAAACUGAAGUUCAGAUGAUAGAUAAAAAUCUAAAUUAUUCAGAUUUCAUUAUUCCAAAAAGAUUUCGAAUUAAUGUUGUGCAUUGCGAUGUAUGAAUAUAAGUAAAAGUACUUUAUUUCUUCUUUCAAAAUUUCAUAUUUAGAGCUCAACUCAAAAAAUUUUCUACUGAGAUUUAAUUGAGUUUUAUUUUCGAUUUUACUUUAAAAAUGAUCUUCAGUAUACAUAGUUCAAAAUUUUAUGAACUAGUAUGAUUUGUAAAGUUAUUUUGUUAAAACCAUUGACUUUGAAAAGUGUUGCAUACCCCAGUUGACGAUACCUACAUGCAACAGUCAGGAUGGAAAACUUAAAAGUAUCUUCAAAUUAAAUAUUGAAUAAUUUAAUUUAAUUUUGUAGAAAGCAACCCUUGAAGACACAAUUGCUUACAUGCAAACAUACAAUACCAUGUUUUGCUUUUCAAUUUAGUUCUAGAAAAAUUUUGAAAAGCACACUCACUUUAUGAAAGCAUUCUUUGUCUAUGAAUUUGAAUGACUGAAACAGUUUAAGAAAUUUCAUUAAAUCAUUUUUUUUUUCAAACAUCUAUAAGUUAGAUAAAAAAAGCUAUUUUCAUAACAAUAAGAGUAAUUUUUAUUUGUAGGAAUAUUUCAAAUACCAAUACAUUUUAAACAAAAUUCUUGAUUGAAAAAUUUAAUUUCAGGCUUAUCUAUAUGCUUUUAACCCUAUUGAAUCCGCUCUUGAGUGUCAAUAUGACACUAUUGGAAGUUUGACGACUUGUAGCUUUAUUCGGGUGCAUCCAAAUGAAACAAUUUCUUCGCGGACCAUCAAUGAAUUCUUGAAACCUUUUAUUUUGCAUCAUUACUUUUUUAUACGCACCCUGAAAGCCCAGGAAAAAAACUCCUUAUUCAUACCUUGAGUGUCAAUUUGAAACUCCUCGCUUAAAACUGCUAUAUCUCUCUUGUUUCUCAACCGAUUUUUACAAAAUAUAGAAUUUUGGAAAUCUCGUUAUGUAACUAAAAUAUCUUACUCAGACAAAGGUCAUCUACAACACUUAAGUUUGCCGUUAUUCAAAUUCUAAGAAAAAAAUCUGAAAAAAAUGCUUCGGGAAAAAGGCUGUAGAUAAGCUACGUAAUGCUCAAAACAAAUUCACGUAGUGUCCAAGAAAGCUUAAAUCAGAUGCUAUACGUUGCACAUAAGCAUAUAUUUUUUUGAAAUUUUUUAAGAUCGUAUCUCAAAAAAUGUUAAAAAAUGUGAUGUAAAAUCGUACUUUUCAAUCAAUUGUUGAGGGAGAAUGACCUUAAUGAGUUAAAUUCAUAUAAAAAAAGGAAAAUCAAUCAAUUAUUUACGUCACACCAGAUAAUUUUUGAAAAGAGGAUCGAAAAGUUGACGUAAUUUGGCACAUUUUUUCGUCAAUUUGCAAUUUUUCUGAUUUUCUUGCAAAAAAAUACAACUUUGUACUGAAUUUUUAACAUUUUAAUUCAGGAUUUAGGCAAUAAAUUUAUAAUCAUCAGCCAAUUUCAUACCGAUUCUAGUAAUUACGCCAUAAACGCUGCGAUACUUAACAGAAAUAUGAAAAAUAUAAAACUAAAAGUAAAUCCUGAAAAUUGACGCGGACGCUUGUGAUUUUGUCUGAUUUUGCUCACCCGUUGGCAUCGAAAUUAAAAAAAUUAGGCAGAUCCAGCGUGUUUAGCGCAGAUAGCAAUAAGUGUAGGCAACGUUCAACGUCAAAAUACUCAACUGGUACGAACCACCUUAUGAUAUGGAACGAACAAGCAGCUACUCGCGUUAGUUUGCGCUAACUUAUGAAUAUUUAGAAAGUAUUUUACAUUUUAUUUUAUACACCACUAGAAUUGUCCUUCAAGUGAACAUAAAUUUAUUGCGUAAAUUUUGAGUUAAUAACUUAUUAGUCUAAAUUUUCUGGUGCGGCUUAAACAAUGUUGACGGUUCAUUGAAUGAAAAGUAUAUAUUGGGCCAGGAGUGUCAAAUUGACACUCAAAGGACCGUAACGGGUAAAAAUUACUUAAUAUUUUAACAAUCAAAAUUAAAUAAAGAAAGCGAUUAAAACGUUAUGAUAUUCAUGCAUUAGGUUUUACAAUCAAAACAUUGGUCAUAAACGAAACCUUGAUUUAUUUUAUACAUAGCUUCCUGUUGAAUGUGUAUUCACAUUUUAAGGACCAAACAGAAUCAGAAAACCAUUAAACUUCUAUAAAACAUGUAUUGUCUCUGAAAAUAUUAUUUAUGAGUCAUUAGCAUUUUUUUUUACUUUCAUACAUUUUGCAACUGUUGUGUUGUUAUGAAUAUUGAAAGGAGCCAGAUUGUUGAAUAAUAUAAACUUAUGGUCAAUUUAUUUCCUAGUUAUUUCCUCACACGACAUAGAAUGAGACCACAAUAUCGAGAUUAUCGAAUUGAUGAGCCUGCAAACAGUUGUACAGUUUUGGAUAGAUCGUAUAAAAAUGUUGAUUAUUGUAAAAAGAAACUAAGCACAAUUGAAUACGUCACAAUCGAUAGCUAUAGCUCUUAGAAGGACGUAGAAAGAUUAGCGAAUGGUAAACCAAAUAUAUUGAGCAAAACAUAGAAGAAGAAUUGAAAAACCAACAGCUGGACGGGGGGGAUCGUAUUAUAAGAAGCAAAUGUGUACAGAUAGGAUAAUUUAUUUAUUUUUAGCUUUAGUUUUUAAGAAGAGGAACGUUUAUACCCGGUAAGACAUAA